GUUCAGCCACAGCUCUCCAGCUGCGAACUGGAUUUUCCCCGCCGAGUGAGGCUGGAGAGGGGGGCAAGGAGGCGGGGCGGGAGGAGAGCAGCGGGGGGCUGCUUGAGGAUUGGCACUUGCGCUGGCCAGACCCCUGCCACGUGUAGGGCGCGCUUGCAGCCGCCUUGGGACUAUCCUGCGCAGAGCGGGGACAGCUGGCCUGGACCAGAGGGACCCUCGAGUGCCGAUGCGCUCUCCCGGUUCGAGAGGUCACGGCUGCACGCUGCAUGAGCGUCCUCCCAAGCUGCGGAGACUCCUGAAGGGCACAAGGGAGGCUUCCAUCUCCGGUAUCCCGUUUACAAACACAUCUACCUGACUGAAGUUUAUUUGUUCCUCUUGGGGCACUUGCCAUCUGCCUUUCACCUGGAAAUGCCACUGAGGCCGGGUCCGAUCGCUUCGCAAUGCUCGUGCCCCAUCUGUGAACCACAGUAACUGCUUCAGGCCCAUUAGAAUUUUUAAAGCCUCUGUGUGUUUACAGUUUACAAAGCCCUGGGGCUUUCUCGCUCGCUUUUGAUUUUCUAAGCAUCCCGGUGACGUGGGCGUGGCCUGGGACCACAGUCUGGGUUUCAAAGACUGGGAAAUGAGGUUCAAAGAUGAGCAAUGAUCUGCCCAGGGUCACUGUGGGUGACAAGAGUCUGGGUUGGGCCAGGGCUUUUUCAGCACACCCCGCUGACUUUGGAUACGGGGGGUGGGGUGGGGGAAUCUGCUUGGAGAUGAAACUUCUCGCCACGCAGAAGGCUAGCAAGGCCAGAAGUCAAAGGGGGUGGAGGGGCAUAGGAAAGAUGAUGGUGCCCAGCCGGGAGGGCUACGGGCUCAGGGCCAGGUGGCGACCCCUCUUCACAGUGACCCGGAGAGUCGUUGGCCAUCCGGACUUCUUCAUAGUCACAGAUUACACUAGUAGCAUCAGAAAUUGACUCUCUGGGUUUCUCACCCCCAUCCUCUACCAGGCGCAAGAAGAAAAGGGUUAACACUGGUUUAAUUUUAAGAUCAGAGAGGAGACGAUUAAAAUGCUCGCCCUCUGCCCCCAAGUCUCCAGGGAGGACAGCCGGCGUCAGCGAUGAGGGAAAGCCUGUACUGGCCACACCCUUGGUAACAUUCUUUCUUUUGUCACCGCUAUGAGCUUUAGGCAUUUAUUUCAGCGGCCAAUUCUGAAGCAUCCCUUACUUAAGUUCCUCUGCCCAGAGCCACCACGGACCCCGCCGCUCCUUUCUUCUUUGCCCCAUGCGGCUCCCAGACAAUGUCUUGGCAAUUAAUAUUGUGUGAGCAGCCCACAGGUUAGGACAUACAUGCCAAAGAGACAGCUUCAUCAGGAAUACCUGAGGGCCAAAAGGAGAUGCUGGCUACAGAGACAUCCGUGGAUACAUCCCUCUACUCUGGUACUCAGGUGACGACAUGCUCUUUCAAAAGAAAACCACAGGAGCAGCAGCAAGAAUUUAACCCAGUGUGAUCUUUCUGGCAGAAAGAUGUGGAAUCUAGGGCUGGAGAGAAGGCUCAGAGGUGAAGAGCUGCUCUUCCACAGACUGAAGCGGUCCCCGCUGAAGGUGAGAUUCUGUACCAAUGAGUCCCAGAAGUCCCGGAGAGAGCUGGUGGGGCUGCUUCAGCGGCUGGGAUUUGACAUCUCCGAAGGAGAGGUGACUGCCCCUGCACCAGCCACCUGCCAGCUCCUGAAGGAGCGAGGCCUGCGGCCACAUCUGCUCAUCCAUGACGGAGUCCGCUCAGAAUUUGGUGACAUUGACAUGUCCAACCCAAACUGUGUGGUGAUUGGGGAUGCCGGUGAAGGCUUUUCCUAUCAGAACAUGAACAAAGCCUUCCAAGUGCUAAUGGAGCUGGAAAACCCUGUGCUUAUAUCACUGGGGAAAGGGCGCUACUACAAGGAGACCUCUGGCCUGAUGCUGGAUGUUGGAUGCUACAUGAAGGCUCUCGAGUACGCCUGUGGGAUCGAGGCUGAAGUGGUGGGGAAACCCUCCCCUGAGUUCUUCAGAUCUGCCCUGCAAUCCAUAGGGCUGGAAGCCCACCAGGCCAUCAUGAUUGGCGAUGACAUCGUGGGUGACGUUGGCGGUGCCCAGCAGUGUGGAAUGAGAGCGCUGCAGGUGCGGACGGGGAAGUUCAGGCCUGGUGACGAGCAUCAUCCAGAAGUGAAGGCAGAUGGGUACGUGGACAACCUCGCAGAGGCCGUAGGCCUGCUGCUGCAGCACAUGGACAAGUGACAGGCCUUCAGCGACAGUGGACAAGUGCAUCCCCGGCUCCCACACCUCCUUCCACCACCGUGCCUUCCUCCCCACACUUCCAGGCCUGAGGCUACCCGAGGCUUUGCUAGCCCUGCCCUCUGCCCACUGCUGGCCUGGGCAGGUGCUGGCGGUUCUGGAGUGAGCCAUCCCCUUCCUCACCCUCCCUGCACAGACUCCCUGUCAGCAUUCCUCCCUCUGCAGCCUCUGGGCAGAGGCUUGUUCCCUCCCUGUAUGGCCUGCACCCCUCCCAUGACAUGUUUCCCAUAGAUACAUCCAGGAAGGUAGAAGAGCCCUGCCAGGCCCUCCAGAAAAAAGAAACCCUCAGGCAUGAGACUGUCUGAGUCCGUGAAUUCCUUUAGUCGCUAUUGGCACUUGGUCCUUUAACUGGGACCAUCCAGUUGGAGGAGACAUGUUGCCUCCUCAUUGAACUUUCUGACGUGGGUGAGGAGUCUACAGGAAACCCAGGGGCCUGCCCUGAACAGCCUAGGAAGCCCAGAGCUGAGCCAGCCUGCCCACCACCCACAGCCAUUCCUGGGCCCCAGGCAGGGUGACUGAUCAGCACUCUGCCCCCUACCCCUGCCCCAAGAAACAAUGCCAGCCCACUGUCCUUCCUGUCCCCACCAGUUUCCCAGACAUGGUCUGGGGUAGUUCCUGAGGCUCUCUUAGGAAAUGGAAGACUACUUCCCACGGAGCAGACAUGUCCACCUCUACAAUCAAGGCUGCAGGAACAGAAAGGACCACGGAGGCAGGAGGGACAGGCUUGACUGUUAUCCCAAUGCACACAACAGGCUAAUGGCUCAAUAAACUCGGCCUCAACGGCCCACCUUUGACUCA